UGCUAGUUUAAAAAAUAUAAAAAGUACGCAACUAAAGAAAAUAAUUGAUGUACUAGACAAAAUGCAUGUGCCAUGAGAAAUACGAGUAAAGCGGCAAGCGAAUCGCAAACUGGCAACUAUUUUGCUGCAGAAAUGUGUUUGCUAAUGCAUUGAUAUUAAUCCAAAGAGCCUUCAGGGUCAUACGCAUUUUACCAACUCGAAACCAACAACCUAAUACACACAUCCUCUCCAACUAACCAAUUAAUUUGCAAUGGACGAAGACAUUAUGAAUGCUGUAGAAUCUCUCUUCGGAAAGGAUGUCAAAAUUGUGGACUGCGAAACUUCAUCGUCGGUGCAGCAGGAAGAGGUUCUGCUAAUAAACGGUGUGCCAGUCAAGUUGGAUGGCCUGCCAGCGGACGACGCAAGGGCCAUUAAGAGUGCGCUGCUCGAUGGGCAAAUGCCGGCAGUAGAACACUUGAAUCAGCUAUUAUUUCGCGCAGGUCUAGCGCAAAAGCCCAUCGAGGUCGAGACAUCGUUGACAGUCAAAUCUUCCCUAACCACGACCGAGGAGGUGCUGGUCUCUCGCAAUGGGCAGGUGUUGGAUGAACGCACCAUCGAAACGAAGGAGCACUUCAACCAUCAGUCCCAACAGAAGGAAAUUUGGAAUCCUCUUAAACAGCAACCAGCAAUCGCGCGUCUUAAUUCAGAAAAAGCGCUCAAAUAUCGAUCCAAUUCGAAUUCUACAUUUGCAUCGCAAGCUUCGGGCCCAGACAGUAGCGCAUCCAACCUUCCCGAUCGCCUGCUUAACCAAACAUUCUCGAAUGCGUCAAUGAUGUCCUCAAAUUCGCUUAUAACUGACUCUGAUCAAGUUAUUGGUUCUUCCACAACCAUUGGGGAUAAAAGCUCGAAUAUCAGCAGUUGUGACUCCGGACAUGAUGGCCUUUUUCACAGCGUAUCGCUCACCGCUCCUUGGUCCCACGUCGCCGGGGAUACUCAGACAGAUUCGAUGUACUGCGACAUUCCUAGUUCGGCCGAUGAAGCAGACACGGUUUCAACCUCAGUACGAAAUCCCAAUUUAAAAAUAACUGAGGAACGAGAUGAAGCGAAUGAAUGCCAAACACAGCCAAACUACGCCAAAGACAUACCACAACCUUGCACACUUGAUGCCCUAAUUAAACUAUUAACCACUUCCACGGAUGAAGAAUUCCACUUUACGCUUUUGCUAUGCGCACGUUUAGUUCUUCAACCACACGAACUACUUGCAAAGGUUGCUCAGAAAAUCCAGAUGCAAGGUGCUGAAGAAAAGGACUUGCUGGUGCACCUGCUUACCUAUUGGCUACAUAUAUGUCCUGCUGAUUUUGGGGAUGAAGCCUUGCUGCAAGUAUUACGCGAGUUAACAACUGGAAACUAUAGACAUAGAAGCAACCUGAUCGCCUUCUUCGAGACCAUUCCCGACUCUCUGGGGCAGAUCGAUGCCAAGCGAAAGAAUAAACUGCAGUAUUUAGUGGCUAAACAGUCUUCGUCAGGUUCUCUAGGCAGGCAAAGCAGCUUUAAGUCCCUUAAGCGUUUCGCCACGAACGUAUACAAGUCCGAUAAUGUGUUUAAUAUAUGCAGUUCCGCUUUCGAACUUGCGCAUCAACUAUAUGCCAUUGAGCAUGCCUAUUUGUCGCACAUGCGACUAGAGGAAUUUCUAGAAAUGCUAGUUUCGGAUGAGCUGAAGCGUUGCAUUUCUGAAACAGACGGAGAUACUCCCAGAUUUAAGCAGGGGGUGGUCAGUAUAGCAGCCUAUGUGAAAUGGUUUAAUCGCAUCAAGCAUCUGGUUGUCACAGAGAUUUUGAAGCAAAGCAAAAAAUCUCAGCGUGUGCAGAUGAUUGACUAUUGGAUUGAGACGGCUUUGGAGUGCUUUAAUACGGGAAAUUUCAACAGUUUAAUGGCCAUUAUAGGGGCCCUAAAUAUGAAAAGCAUAAAGCGCCUUAAGAAAACCUGGUCCAAGGUGCAGAAAACAAAAUUUGUGGGCUUGGAACAUCAAAUGGAUCCCACUUCGAAUUUUGCAAAUUAUCGCUCUACUAUGAAGGCAGCCGUCUGGCGCUCCGAAAGGGAAUCGGCCAAUAAAAUUGAACGUGCUAUUAUACCAUAUUUCUUGCUGUUCCUUAAGGAUUUCUGUUCCAUAAAUGAAAAAUAUACAACACACUUAGCCGGGGGAAACAUCAAUUUUGAGAAGUUCAUACGCUUCGGCACUGAAUUGCAAAGUUUUUACAAAUGGCAACGAGUUGACUGUCCCUACGAUCAAUUGCAAAAGGUUGUGAACUAUUUGCAAAACGCUGAAACGCUUUCUGAUGAUUCGCUAAUGAAAGCCUCGUACGAAUAUGAGACACCGGAUGGUGCAGAGGAAAAAGACCAUUACAAGACGUUAAAGGCAGCUAAAAAAUAAAUCACACAAUCAUAUUCGACAAUCAUGUAUCAAGACAGCUUGUCUUUACACCACCGGGCAUUCUUCCAGAGAAACUCAUCAGGCCCAAAAGUGCAAUAAGCCUCGCACAAACUCAAGUUUGUAAAUUUUUUGUUGGCAUUUACAUCGCAAAACCGUUCAUUACUUUUUUAACACUGCAAUUAAUUUUGUUAAUUUGUACUUAGUUUAGGGACUGUUUAGUAUAUAGCCGAGUAUAUACAGUAACGGGCAUUUACAUAAUUCGAAACACCAAAAAUACGCAUAAAAUUACUAAAGUAGUUUUGCGAUUAAAUAAAUAAACGUUCAACCGUUGUAUUUUUUACCAAAUAAAAUAAUUAAAAAUACAUA